AUGGAUCAGGCGGAACAAGCUUACCUUUGUUUGUGUAUUGAGGAGGAACGUGUUAUUUGGGACACGUCAUCUGACGCUUAUCUAAGCAAGACUCUGAGGUUGGAGGCGUGGGAUAGAAUCGAAGCAAGGAUGAAAAAGCACGGUUAUAAUAGGACCAUCAAGGAACUCCAGGACAUGUGGAAGUUCCUACGGUCGAAGUUCUUCAGAGUAACCAGUGGGAAAACGAGCGGCUCUUCAGCGAAGACCGUAGAAUUCAUGAAAAAUAUGACGUUUCUCCAAAAUAUAGCAAUUCCUACCGAAAGCAGAUAUACAAAUUUCGACCGCGAGCUCGAUAUGGACUCGGCAGAAUUCCAGCCAUCGACGUCGAAGGUCCCAUCAGUCCCGGUGCUAGGCGAUUUGAGCAACAGUAUUUCUUCACUCUCUUCCCAAAGGCGAAAAAGAAAGUUGUCAGAUGACGGUACGUGUUUUGAGGGGAGCGCCGUUCGAGUAGCGGCUGAUGCAGUGAUGACGAAACUAGAUAGCAUACAUGUUGAAGACAGAUAUACCCACAUCGGUAGAUACGUGGAAUCGUCAUUGCGUCGUCUUUCCGAUGAAGAAGCAGACCUCAAGGUCUUACACAUAAUGGCCAUAUUUGCGAACGUCAACAUAAGCGAAAAUCUCGACCACUGCUAUAGUGCAGCGUCAGCUUACCAGCAUUCAAAUCGUUAG